AUGGCCCAACAACAACAGCAACAGUACCCCGAGUACUUUCAUGACGAUCACCAAACAAACACGAUCCACUCCGCGACACAAUGUCCUGGCUCAGAUUCCACUACGACGGACGACACUGGAGACCUGAGCGAGAACAAGAAUCAUGACAGAGUAGACGCUGUUGUUAAACAAGAGCAGGUCUGUGUGAGGUCAUCCAAGGAUCAGACGUCAUCGGAAGCUGUAACUUCUUCCGAGUUGGUCGAAUGCACUACCGGACCCAGUCUGGAUAUCCAGAAUUCCUUCAUCGACGCGAGCUUGUUCAAUCCUCCUGUUACCAGCAUACAUGGGAUGAAGUCAGACUUUGAUAGCAGCCAAAUGCCAGCGCCGUGGGGCUACAAAGGAUCAGGAGACAUACCAUUUCCUCCACUCGAUGGCGACGUGUCAGAGCUUGGUCAGAACUGGUUAGGCACAGAUGAUGAUGGAACUGUGAUAGAUCUGAGAAGGUUCUUGGGAGCCGAUCUUGACGGUGACCUAUCAACCUUCAACGUGAACUCGAGACGGAUAUCCGAGUCCUCUUUCUCAAUGUCGAGCUGUGGAGCUCUGGCCGAAGUGCUCAACUUUGAAGAUCUCUCCGGCUCAGAGACUCAAAGCCGCAUAACAGAAACUGAUGGAUGGGGCGGGGUUCAUCAAAGUGCAAUGCUUGUGUCUCCGGCAUCCUCGUCAAGGAGCGAUGAGGCUUUCCGUCCCGGACAUAGAUCGAAAGCAUCUCCGUCUUCGCGUAUGACUAUGCGCACGUCACCCUAUACGAUCGAUAAGAACCGUCUCAAGCGAUGGUCUACAACUGCAGCAUCUCAUGCAUCAACCUCCGCACCUUCCUCUAUCCCAUCGCGACAUUUUAGCCAUAUACAGGGUCGAUUAUCCCCUUACAGCCGGCCCCUGACCAGCCAGCCUUCGCAAAACGGACAGGGUGUGCAGAGCGGACAGGUCAAGGAAAGCGAAGAGAUACCGCAAGCUACGCAAGUUUCUUUAGCCCAGUAUGCGUCAUAUCCUGUAGGGGCUUAUGCCGGAACACCACAGCGAAUGAUCUACAGUCCAGCCCAUAAUCAGUACCAACAACAAUGUCAACAGCAGUACCAACACGCGCUGUCUCAAUCACACAUUCACGCCCAAAUUAAUUCUCACUCCAUAGUCCCAAGUUGCUCGAAUCCUUACCAGCCAAAUCAUGUACAAUCAAGUAUGCCGAGUUACUACGGACCAGACAGUCACCAGUAUCCACUGGAGAUUCCCCGGCCUGUGCCAUCCCAAAAUCUAUUCAGGCUCUUACAGAGUAAUGCAGACCGGCAUGGAGGCUACGCAGCGCAUUUCGCUGACCUAUCCGAUCCACCUGACCUAUAUUCCUCACUCCAGGAAGAGCCAUCCAAUCCACCCGAGUCGGACAUGCACCCGUCCGACCCAGACCUGAUCCCCCAUGAACAAGAUCUGCGCUUCAGUGGCGACCUUUACACCCCGCGGUGGGUACGUGGCCACGGCAACAAACGUGAGGGCUGGUGCGGUCUCUGCAAACCCGGACGAUGGCUAGUCCUCAAGAACAGCGCGUUCUGGUACGACAAGUCCUUUACGCACGGCGUAAGCGCCGCUACCGGGGUCGCGUUCCAGAAACCCCAGGAGACACGCCGCACGGAGGGGAAUCUGGAUGUCUGGGAGGGCCUUUGCGGGAGCUGCGGCGAUUGGAUCGCGUUGGUGAGCAGCAAGAAGAAAGGCACGACGUGGUUUCGGCAUGCGUACAAGUGUCACACGCAUCCCAAGGUCAAAGACGGACCGAAACGCCGUCGCGAAACGUCCCAUCAGAUUCGUGCUCGAACGGUAUCGUCGGCAUCUACAACGACGUCCACCUCGUAUCCUACCAGCAAGGAGACAUCGUUCGACCCGUCACCUCCACUGCUACAACGCUCGUCGUCCGAAGCUACGUUGACGAGAAUGUCAGCUCCAGGCUCUGACGUCUAUUGUAUACCCGCUUCGUCGGCAGAUGCAGAACAUGUUGGGCUCAGGGGUGUGAGAUCGACGCUUGCCGAAAUUAUCUAG